AUGCCAAGCACUAAUUGGAGAAAUAUGUUGGCUAACCGAGACCGUCGCCAAUUCCCCGAAGUGGUUGUGCCUCUCGAAAGAGCUUCUUUGAAAAGCAGAAACGAUGCCAAUGACUCCGACAAUACCCAAGAUGCGGCCUCUGUUCAAGAAAAGGGUGCUAGUGCCGGCUAUGGACAGACUACGCUGACUCUAGAGGUCCUCCGAGCUGAGAUUCUAUCAGAGACGGCUGCUUCGGGCCAUAACACUGCCUACGAUCGUAAAGCAAAGGUCAUCAACAGGGCGAUUCAGGAUAUUGGCAUGGGCCGCUAUCAAUGGGGCCUCUUCGUUCUGUGCGGAUUCGGUUGGAUCGCGGACAAUCUGUGGUUGCAGGGAGUUGCCCUGACUUUGACCCCGAUUGCCAAUGAAUUCGGUAUUUCUGAAAAUGAUUCUCGGUUUGCUACAUGUGCACUCUUUGUUGGUUUGAUCAUUGGUGCCUCUUUCUGGGGUAUUGCUUCCGAUGCGAUUGGUAGACGCCCUGCCUUCAACAUGACCUUGUGUAUUUGUGGUAUAUUCGGUCUUGCGGCAGGUGGAGCACCUAGCUGGAUUGGGGUUUGCGCUUUGUAUGCCUGUCUAGGUCUCGGUGUUGGUGGCAAUCUGCCUGUUGACGCCGCUGUCUUCCUCGAGUGCUUGCCCCCAAACUCCGCCAGCAUCUUGAGUGGACUGGCUACCUGGUGGUCCGUUGGAACUUUAAUCUCCAGUAUGCUCGCCUGGGCUUUUAUUCCCAACUUUUCCUGCGCAAGCGCUGCCACGUGUGUCAAGGCCGACAACUGGGGCUGGAGAUAUCUAGUCCUUUCCCUGGGUGCUAUCACAUUCGCCAUGUUCCUUUGCCGUUUCCUUCUCUUCACGCUUUACGAGUCUCCCAAGUUCUUGGUCUCUCGCGGGCGUCAGGAUGAGGCGGUUGCUGCAGUCCAUGGAAUAGCUUACAAGAACAAGACCACCACUUGGUUAACCGAAGAAAUCUUGAACGACAUUGGCGGUCUUCCUGAGGAUGAUCCGAAGCAGUCUCUUUCUUACGGAGAAAUCGUCAAGCGGUCAUUGGAAAGAUUUUCUAUGCAGCAAGUUGCUCCUCUAUUUGCAACCAAGCGACUUGCAAUCUCAACUAUCUUGAUUUGGUUCUGUUGGAUUUGUAUUGGACUGGGCUACACACUAUUCAACGCCUUCUUGCCACAAUACCUGAGCGCCAACUCUUCCACCUACGUGACCUACCGUAAUUACGCCAUCACAGCCGUCUGUGGAAUCCCGGGCCCUCUUCUUGCGUGGGUCCUCGUCGACAACCCCUACCUCGGUCGUAAGGGCACGAUGGCUGGCUCCACUCUUAUCACAGGCGUUUUACUUUUCUGCUUCACUGCAUCGAAAGACUCCAACGUCCAACUGGCCUGCUCUUCCCUAGAAUCGUUCUUCCAGAUGGCUAUGUACGGUGUUCUUUAUGCCUAUACGCCUGAGAUUUUCCCUGCUCCGAACCGUGGUACCGGAACGGGUAUUGCUAGCUGUCUGAACCGCAUUGCUGGUUUGAUGGCGCCUAUCAUUGGUAUCUACGCUAGCAUUGACCCUAUCACACCGAUCUAUGCGUCCGGUGCGCUUAUUCUUGCUGCCUUUGUCGCGAUGGUUUUCCUGCCUAUUGAAACUCGGGGAAAGCAGUCACUUUAG